AUGCUCGCGCUCGCGCUGGCGCUCGCGUCCUCGGCCUUCUCGCUGCGCCUACCGUCGCAGCCUCCCGCCGCCGCCGCGCACGUCGCGCUGCGCCGCGCCCUCGCGCCGCCUCGUACGGCGGUGGCGGCGGCGGCGGCAACCUCCACUCCAUUCGAGUUUGACGAACUGGGCGACAGCUGGAGCGCGAGCGGGGGCUCGUCGGUGGGUGUGCUGCUCCUCUCUGUCGGCUCGCCCGAGACGCCCGACGACGUCGAGGAGUACCUCUACAACGUGUUUUGCGACCCCGAGAUUGUGACGCUGCCGCCGCUGCUCUCGUGGCUCAAAAAGCCGCUCGCGUGGUUCGUCGCAAAGUCGCGCGCGGCCGAGGCGCGCGCAGCGAUGGCGGAGGUGGGGGGCGAGUCGCCGCAGGUUGCGACGGUGCGGCGGCAGGCAGAGGCGCUGCAACGCACGCUGGUGGCGCGCGGCGUGGACGCGUCGCUCUUCAUCGCGAUGCGCUACUGGCGGCCCUACGCUGAGGAGGCCGUCGCUCAGAUGAAGGCGCAGAACGUGACGCGGCUGGUGAUACUGCCGCUGUACCCGCACUUUUCCAUCUCCACGUCGGGGUCGGCGCUGCGCGUGCUGGAGCGGAUGCUGUACAACACGCCCGGCUUCCCCACAAAGUCGACCGUCGUCCCCUCCUGGUUCAACCGGAAAGGGUACGUCGAUGCGUCGGCGCGCGCCGUGCAGAAGGCGCUCGCCUCUCUGCCCGAGGCGGAGCGGCAGACGGCGCAAGUCGUGUACUCGGCGCAGGGGCUGCCGCGCAAGUACGUCGAGUUCCUGGGCGACCCGUACCUCGGCCAGGCGGCGCUGCUGUCGGAGGAGCUGCGCGCGCGCGGCGUCUCCAACCCGCACACGCUCUCGUACCAGGGGCAGGUUGGCCCGUCGGCCGUCCCGUGGACAGAGCCCUCCACGGCGGACGUCAUCACGCAGCUCGGCGCGGACGGCACGCGCGCGCUCGUCCUCGUCCCAAUCUCGUUCGUAUUCGAGCACAUGGGCACGCUCAACGAGAUGGACCGCGAGCUCGCCGCCGUCGCCGAGCAGGCGGGCAUCACCUCCUUUGCGCGCGUCGAGACGCUGGGCACCGACCCCGACUUCAUCGACGCGCUGGCGAGCGUGGUCCAGGAGGCGCUGCCCGACCUCAACCAGCCAUCGAUGCAGAUCAUCAAUCAGGGCGAGCCCGUCGCGCUGAACGUGGUCAACGAGUACGUCUCCCUCUACACCAAGGACCAGCUGCAGCUCGUGCCGCAGGAGCGGCCGUGGGGCUUCACCGAGGAGGCGGAGGUCCUCAACGGGCGGCUGGCGAUGACGGCGAUCACCAUCUCCGUCGCGCUCACGGCGGACCCCACGCUCAAGGCGAUCGUCGCCACGUACCGCGCCGCGCAGCAGGCGCUCCCCAGCUAGGACCGCUCUACGUUUGCUCGUUCCUUGUUGUGCUUGUGCACGUGGCGCGAAUACGGCUGCACGCAAUGGCUAAACUAGGUGUCUAGCGAGCGCUUGUGUGUGACAUUUCCAAAAAACUGCGAGACCGCCGC